AUGGAUGAAUUUGAAGAGAAAUACAACGACACUCCUCAGCUAAGAAGGCGAUUUCUUGGAUCUGUAAGUGAAGAAAUUGAUAGAGCAUCUAACGAGAGUUUAUCCAAUGAUUUAGUUAGUGAGGAAGAAAUACCAAAGACAGAUAAAAAAGAACGGAAAAAACUAACUAUAAAAUUAGAAACUUGUAAAAAACCCGAAGAAAUUGUAGAUGAUAAAGAUGAAGCAAAAGAAAUAGAUGAAGAAGAUGAAAUAUUAAAUGAAGAGAAUAAUAAUAAAGAGCAAUCCAAAGUUAGAAACUUGAAAAAGUGUAAAUUUACUAUAUGGCAAUUUUUUAUUGAUGAAAUUUCCAGAGGUUAUUGUUUGCAAAAUGAUUCUAAACGUUUCACAGAGAAACGACGUAAAGUAUAUGCUUUCUUGAAAAUUCCUUGGGAAUUAGAAAAAUUUUUUUUAUUUGGUAUAUUUCAAUGUAUUGAUGCAUUUAUUUAUGUUUUUACAUUUUUACCAAUCAAAAUAUUGUUUAAUUUUUUAUCUAUUUUGUUAAAUUUUAAAAAUUGGAGUUCUUCUGAUUCAAUUAAUGUGAUAAAAUUACUAACAAUUGUUAUAUGCUCAACACUAAUGCAAUUCAUAGAUACAUCUGUUAUAUAUCAUCAAGUCCGUGGUCAAGCUAUAAUUAAACUUUACAUUUUUUAUAACAUGCUUGAAGUAGUUGAUAAACUUUGCAGUAGUUUUGGUCAGGAUACAUUUGAUGCAUUGUACUUGACGGUAUCUGAACAGGAUAAGGUUAAAAAAAUACCACACAUUAUAGUCCUUUUUAUUUUUUCAUUGGUAUUUUCUUCUAUGCAUACUUUUAUUAUUUUACUACAAGCUACAACAUUGAAUGUUGCUUUUAACUCACAUAACCAAGCAUUACUAACGAUAAUGAUUUCAAAUAAUUUUGUUGAAUUAAAAGGAUCAGUUUUUAAAAAAUUUGGUAAACCAAAUUUGUUUCAAAUGGCUUGUAGUGAUGUAAGAGAAAGAUUUCAUACAUUUAUUCUAUUAGUUGUUGUUGUCCUUAGAAAUAUGACAGCUGUCAAUUGGCAAAUCGAUCAUUUUGUUGAAAUGUGGCUUGACUUGGUAUUAGUUAUUUUUGCUGAAAUUGCCAUAGAUUGGUUUAAGCAUGCAUUUAUUACAAAAUUUAAUGAAAUUAAUGCUGAUAUAUACAAAGAUUUUACAUUGACUUUGGCUUUUGAUGUUGUAAGAUGUAAAGAAGAAAAUGCAUUUACUGACUUUUCGGAUCAAGUAGCAAGAAGGAUGGGUUUCAUUCCAAUUCAUUUACUAAUUCUUUUACUAAGAAUUAUAUCACAAUCAGUAUCUUUUUCACAAUUUACAGUUGUCUUGCUUUGCGGUACUUGGAUAUUACUUUUCUUAAUAAAGAUAUUAAAUGGAUAUUUAUUGUAUAAUUUAUCAUGCCACUUUGUAAGUCAAUAUCGUGAAAUGCAGUUAAAGUUGGAGGAAGAUGAUGCCAGGAAUAGAGUUGUUUCAAGCAAGUCAAAAUCUGCUCCAUCAUCUCCUAAAAUAUCUCUAAUUGACUUUUCUGAUAUAUUAACUCAAGCUCAAAAUAAAAAUACAGUGUAUUAG